AUGACAGAAAUCAAUAUGCGACUAGAGGACUGGCUGGAUGACCUCUGCGUUCGAUUCAUUGUAAACCUCCCAAGGGAAGAACUCGAAUCCGUUGAGCGAAUAUGUUUCCAGGUCGAGGAGGCUCAGUGGUUUUACGAGGACUUUAUCCGGCCACUCGACCCAAACCUGCCGUCCCUCAAACUCCGCGAGUUUGCCCUGCGCAUCUUUCAACAUUGCCCUCUCAUGUCGCAGUGGUCCCAUUAUCACCAUUCAACCGCAUUCUCAGAGUUCCUGGCAUACAAGACGAGAGUCCCUGUACGUGGGGCUAUCCUUCUCAACCAAGAAAUGGACGAGGUCGUGCUUGUCAAAGGCUGGAAGAAAGGUGCAACCUGGUCGUUUCCUCGUGGUAAAAUAAAUAAGGAAGAAAAGGAUCUGGAUUGCGCUGUCAGAGAGGUUUACGAAGAAACUGGCUUUGAUAUAAGAGCUUCUGGCCUAAUAAAGGACGAAAAGAACGUCAAAUAUAUCGAGAUACCAAUGCGUGAGCAGAAUAUGCGACUCUACGUACUACGAGGAGUACCCAAGGAUACCCACUUCGAGCCCAGGACGAGAAAGGAAAUCAGCAAAAUAGAAUGGUAUAAGCUCUCCGAUCUUCCAACGUUGAAAAAGAACAAGCAGCAUGAAAAUGUACCUUAUCAAAACAACAAUAGGUUCUACAUGGUUGCAACCUUUCUUGGCCCUCUCAAGAAGUGGAUUGCCAAACAGAGGAAGCUGGACCAGGCCCGAAUCUCGCAUCCUCAUAUAGCCAUUCAAGAGGAGAUGGGCGGGGCGAUAAUAACUGAAGAUGAAGGAACUGAAGACCACCAAGAUAUAACGGAGGAAUAUCCGGCCCAUCCCGCUCCGACAAUGCCAAUUCUACCACCUGUUCAUUCAGACUUACCUGAGGUAUCCACGCCACUUGAUCCGACGGUCCAUUUGAAGCGCUUGCUUAACAUUGGAUCAGCGGCUUCUACCGCCCCUACCAAGCAACCCGACUCUGACCGACAACGUGAACAACAACACCAACAUGUUUCGAAUAUUGAUAAAGGAAAUGCGCUUCUACAGUUACUUAGGAAUGGAUCUGAAACCCACCCCCCUGAAAAUCCACCUCUUGCGCCUAUACCAGUACAUCCUAGCAGAGCACUUCCAACCAUACAUUCGCAGCAAACAACACCACAGCCAACUCCUGGUCAAGCCUUUGCUCCUCCCAUAACACAAUUUGGUACCGGAAACCAGUACCCACAACAUCCGCAAAACCGAAUAAGCAAUCAACCGCCAUGUGCCUAUCCAGAACAGAAAUCUGCUGCUCAACCCCGGCAUGAAUAUGUAGGGCAGGCUCCUCACCAAAUGCCCCAUGAGCCAGCUAAGCCGCCGUUCACUGCUUAUCCACCACCGUUGCGCCAAAUUGGCACACAGCCGCCAAUUUCCAGCGCUCAGCAUGGAACUCCGCCUUACCACCGUACUGGAGAUCCUCAGUUUGCUUCAAACAACCAAAAAUUGCAAACAAUCCUGCCCUCCGUGCCUCCUGCAAAUGCGUUGCCUUUACCAAAACUUAACAGCCACUCUCUUGCAUUGCUUAGUGUUUUCAAAGGUGAUGGCGUUAAGAACACUGCAGCUAUGCCAGGCUCCAUACCCGCAUCCCCAGUUGAACCAUUUCCACAAAAUGAUGCAAAAUCUCAGCACAAAAACCAACUUCUGAGAAUGUUAAAGCAGCCGAGCGGCUCGCAUCUUCACAAUGGUGGUGGUUUGCACCCACCGGGCCGUGUUGAGCUUGCGACUCAGAAUAGCCCGAGGAUCCAGGAGCAAACAGGGAUGCAUCCUCCCGGGCUAUCUCUAGACAGUCAAACUAAGGCGCCAGUAAUUUUGCAAAAUCCACAUCGACCCAGGACCCCUUCUCAACCUACUGUAGGGAAGACAGCAGCCACGCUAUCCGCACCCUUGAAUCUGCCUAAUUUUGAGGGGAUUGCCAAGUCACCACGCAGUCCACGCAGGGAGAAGAAACAUAUUCCCUCUCAGUCAUCAGCGAUGAAGUCAAAUAUCAAAAUACUUCCUCGCCCAACAUCAAAUAACAAUGAGGGCGUACCGGUGGCAGUGAAGGCCAAUACCCUUUCUCCAGCUCCUAGACCUAACGUCAAGCUUUCAGAAAUGACCAAACCAUUUAAGCCCAAGAUUCUCCGUCGCCCAGACAAGGAUAAUCUUGAUGAGUACCUUCCUACUUCCACGGUUACCGUGAGCGCUUUCUCAAAGCCUGAGCCACCACCGGUUAGCGAUGAUGAAGUGGUGCAGAAGACCCUACCGCAACCACAGUUUGAUCAACGACCAAGUCAGUCGGCUGCACAGAAAGAAACACUUCUUUCUCUCUUCAACAAAGAUCUUCCACCUCCAUCCACCGGUAUAAAGCGGGAUAUAACAAGGCAGGCUAAAUCUCCAGCCCUGGUUUCUCCUCCUUUCUCAACCCUUAUAAGCCCUGUUACCGAUCCCCUCAACAGCCCGAGAGAAGCUACCAGGGGAGGUGGUUCUGAGAGACGGAGCGGUGCGGCGUCUCCCUCUAACCAGGCAUUUUUAAUUGGAUAUCUAGAGGAUGUUGCUACGGGCAAGAAAUAG